AUGGCGUUUUUGAGUGGUGUGCUUGGUGCGGUGAAAAACGAAAAUGAAGUGACAACUUAUGAUAAAUACAUGACUAAUAAACUUGAAACAGUUAUUAGCACAUUAAAUAGUAAAAUUGGCUCCGGGCGUGCUGGGCUUGUGGAGUCUGUCGGCGCGGUGAAGGAGUGGUUGGAGGGGUAUGAAGGUAUGGUAAGUGAGAAAAUAAAUGAAGUGAAACAUCCCAUUGAAAGUAUCAAAGAUGAAAUAAAACGUCACAAAAAUAAAAUACGAGAAGAAGAAGAAUUUCAUAUUUCCGAUCAAAUUUCUAACUGGACCGGACGUGCAGUUUGGUAUAUUGAGAAGGCGCAGAAAGCGAACACAGCUUUGGAAAAGAUAGACAAUCUACUGUUCGAUAAGUUAAACCAUAACGUUAAAUUAGUGUUGCAGGGUGUGACCAUUUUCUUGGAUGACGCCAUGAAUAAAGAUUUGGAGAAUAUCUAUAACACGACUGAAACACAAAUGAUGCAGGUGCUUGACGAGAUAUAUGAAAUUGUCGAGAAUAAGAACAAAGCCAUUCAAUGGUAUUUAAGAAAACAUUUUACCCAUUUGCAUGAAAAGUUUAAGAAAUUCAACGCCGAAAAAUUGGGGUUAUUAAAAAAUGUUAUCAAUGAAGAUAUUGGCCGGC